CACUUUUUUUAUUUUAAAGGAACUGGUAAUGGGACAUUUUACUUGCGCUUCGAAACCCGUUUUCAAGAGCUUGUAUUUUUUAGGCUCCCAAAACGCCGACCGCUGUUAUCGUGUCAAUGAACAGACAAAGCGCAUUUUUCCGUUUUUAGUUGCAGACGUCGCUGAAUCUGCCCCACAGUAAAAAUUUGCUCCUCCAACCAAACAGAAAUUCACCUUUAGUGAAACUCCUCCCACUUUUAUUAAAGAAAGUCGAAAACAUGACUGAUCCAGAUCCCUGCAGAAUAAAACAGGAAGACACUGAAGAAAAAAUAGACCUGAAAGAAGAGAACAAGGAGAUUGAAGAACUGACUGAAGUAGAAGAGAAACAUAAUGUAAAAACUGAAGAAACGUCCUCAAGUCUCUCAUUGAAAAGAAGAGAUGAAAUAUAUUUCACUUGUCCUCAGUGUGGAAAGAGAUUCUCAUUCAAGAAAAAUCUUGAUGUUCACAUAAAAUGUCAUCAUGAUGGGUUUUCAGAUGACCUGAAGGACCACCUGAAAAUUUAUACAAGGGAGAAGAAGCCUUAUGAAUGUAAUUUAUGUGGAAAUAGUUUUAUUCAGAUGAAUGAUUUAAAAUGCACCAGGUAAGACACAGCGAUGUGAAGAAUCAUAUUUGCUCUGAGUGUGGGAAGACUUUUUACUGAUGGAGCACUGAAAGUGCACCUGAUAGUUCACACUACAGAAACACCUUACAAGUGUUCACACUGUGACAAGAGAUUCAAACGGUCAAUAUAUGUGAAAAGACAUGAGCGAAUCCACACUGGAGAGAAACCAUACACAUGCGUUCAGUGUGGGAAGAGUUUCAGACUAAAAGGACUUCUUAAUGAUCACAUGAAUAUCCACACUGGAGAGAAGCCAUACACAUGUGAUCAGUGUGGAAAGACUUUCACACAAAAAGCAAACAUUAGCAAACACAUGAAAGUGCACACUGGAGAGAAGCUGCACACAUGUGAUCAGUGUGGGAAGAGUUUUUCACAAAAAGGAAACCUUAAAGAGCACAUUAAAAUCCAUACCAGAGAAAAGAUGCACACAUGUGAUCAGUGUGGGAAGUGUUUCAGACAUAAAGGAAAUCUUAAAAAACACGGUAAAAGCCAUAUUGGGGAGAAGCCGCAGACAUAUGAUCAGUGCGGGAAGAGUUUGAUUUGUAAAAUAAAUCUGUGUACUCAUUCUGGAGAAAGACGAUAUAACACUGACCAGUGCAGUACAAAAAAUGUCAUGGCAGAUUUCCUGAAGGACCACCUGAAAGUUCAUUCUAAAGAGAAGCCUUACAUAUGUGAUUUAUGUGGAAAGAGUUUUAGUCAGAUGGGUGCAUUAAAAAUACAUCAGAAAAGACGCAGCGAUGUGAAGAAUCAUUCUUGUGGGAAGUCUUUUUUUACAGAUAGUGACCUGAAAGUGUACCAGAUAGUUCACACUACAGAAACACCUUACAAGUGUUCACACUGUGACAGGAGCUUCAAAUGGUCAGAAUAUCUGAAAAUACACGAGAUGAUCCACACUGGAGAGAAACCACACACAUGUGAUCAGUGUGGGAAGAGCUUCAGACUAAAAGGAAAUCUUAACAAACACAUGAAAAUCCACACUGGAGAGAAACCAUAUACAUGUGAUCAGUGUGGGAAGAGUUUUGGACGAAAAGUACAUCUUAACAAACACUUGACAGUCCACACUGGAGAGAAGCCGUACAAAUGUGAUCAGUGUGGGAGGGGUUUUACACAAAAAGACCUCCUAAAUGUUCACAUGACAAUCCACACUGGAGAGAAGCCGUACACAUGUGAUCAGUGCGGGAAGAGUUUCAGAAUAUCAAGUGUUUUUAAAAUGCAUCUGCGUACUCAUUCUAGUGAAAGACUUUAUAACUGUGACCAGUGUGCUAAACAUUUCUUUAGGGCAAGUGCCCUAAAUAGGCAUCUGAAAGUUCAUACAAAGGAGAAGCCUCAUCUGUGUUCUUUGUGUGGAAAGAGUUUUAGUGAACGGGAUGCUUUAAAAAUACACCAGAAAAGACACAGCGGUGUGAAGGAUCAUAUUUGCUCUGAGUGUGGGAAGGCAUUUUUUACAGAUGCUGAAGUGAAAAUGCACCAGAGAAUUCACACUACAGAAACACCUUUUAAUUGUUCACACUGUGACAAGAGAUUUAAACGGUCCGUAUAUCUUAAAGUACAUGAGAGGAUCCACACUGGAGAGAAGCCGUAUCACUGCAAUUCAUGUGGAAAAAGUUUCACUCAAUUAUCUUCUCUAAACUGUCAUAAAACAAAGAUGCACGUCUGAAAUUACAGUAAGUAGUUUGUGACUUUUUAAUAAACUUUGAGUAAACUGAAUUGAUCUUUAUGUUUUAUGUCUUUCUCAGAUGUUAUCAUUACACCAGUUUUGCUUAGGACUAAAACAGAAAAACAAAAGGGCAUCUAUUUCAGAGACAAAAAUAUUAAUCUACAAACUCAUUACUUGUAUAGA